UUCGUCGAAAAGAAAAGAAAAGAAAAGAAAACUUUUCGUAAAAAAAAUCCAUCAUCCAGUUCACUCGCUCUCAAAUCCAAAUCGGAAUUGAGUCGUCGGCGGGCGGGCGGCAAGCAACAUGUGGUUCGAAAUCAUCUGCGGCCUGGUGCUUUACAGACUGUACAAGUUGAUCUUCUCCGACGGCGACGACGUCUUGGAUAUCGAGACCUCUGAUUCUACUGCUCUCUUCGCCGUCGCCGACAGGCUCGCUAAGCUCUACGAUGGCGCCAAGGUCUACGUUGGCCUCCGGAUCCCCGACGCCGAUACCGCUUCCCCUCAGCACAUCGAUUUGGUUCUCCUCAGCAAAGGGCAGGCAGUGGUGAUAGCCGUGAAGAACUUGUCAGGAUUCAUCUCCGUCAAGCCCGAUGGCAGCUGGGUUUCUGAGAGCCUCACUAAACACAAAUCAGAGCAGCAUCCUGAUCCUCUGGCGGAGACAAAAAGACAAGCUUCAAUUCUUGAGUCCUAUCUUGAACAAAGAGGAGCUGCUUUACCACAAGGAUAUUUGUCUUGCAAAGUAAUACUUUCCAAUCCAAAAGUAUGUACUAUUCAGUCAAGCAGUUUCCCACCAGAAAUCAUUACUUAUGACCAGUGGGUACAAAUGAAACCAGAACCAAAAAGUAUGUUUUCUGGUUGGAUGAACGGCGCAUUCCGUGGUGGAAAGAAAGAGAUGCAAGAAUCUAUUCAUCAGAACCUUAAUUUCAUUCUUAGUACAGCACCAAUGUGGGAUAGGUUGGAGCUUAAAGGUAACAAGUAUGUUCUUGGGGAAUUUCUGGAAUUCAAGGGUAAGCAGGAAGAUGUUCAGGCUUUGAGGCAUAUUAAAAGAUCAAAAAUUAGCCGCCUUGUUGUCCAAAAGACAAGCAUGCUUGGAUUUGCCCCUUCAAGGCUCCAAGUUCUGUAUACUCGUCGUGAUUACCGAAGUGAAGGAGCUUCAGCUUCUGAGUGGAAAGAAGCAAAUGUAAGGUCAAGCACGGAGGUUGUCUUUCAGCUUGACAAUUCUUCAAGAGUCCGCAAGUUUAAGCUCUCCUCAAUUUGUUCUAUGUCUCUGAGUGCUUAAAGAUUUUGCUGCUGAAUACUCACUGGUGCAGAUUGAAGAUUUCGAGAAAGUGUCUUCUGUUUUUUCUUUUGUUGGCCAAUGGGAGUAGUCUUUUUCUUUGUAAUUCUCGUCUUUUACAUUUAGAUGCGUGGUGAUGUACAUAUGGCAAUAAGGGGUCUAAGUUUAGGAUGAUUUACUUAUUGCAAAUCAAAUUUAAACGGGUGCAUAUAGUUAGGUAUAACUACAAGGCCAAAGUUCACCUGCUACAGCAUGUUUGCAAGUUUAGUGAACCUUGGUCGUGCUGCUCGUGCACACUACAUGUUGUGUUUUUUACGCAAUAAUUGUUGCUCUAAAAUGGAAUCAUGGAGAUACUUGAGAGUUAUUCUUGCUCAA